UCUCUUCCCUAAAAUGUUAGACCCUCGAGAAUUCUUCAAGUUUUAACCUUUUUUAAUGUUCUGUUCCAUUCCCGCUAGCAAAUAUAGUGAGGUCCCACCCGAACUCCACCGCCUCAUGUCACCGGCAGCAACCACCGAACCAUGAUCAGCCUCUACAUCACCCAACCCUCUUCCUGUUCUUCAUUUUCUUUCAAGCCUCCUCUCACGCCCUCUUUGAUUUCAAAGCUAAAACCCUUUCGUCUCCUUUCAAAACCCCAGAAAAAGAUUAAGAGAGGAAUAUGCAGGGCGGAGUUUUCGCCUGACGCACCCCUCGCCGCCGCUAUCGGCGCGUGUAUGCUGGGUUCUCUUCUGCUUCCCGUCGCCGAUACUAGGGAUGAAGAUGGUGGCGGUUCGGCUAUCGAAGAAGGGGAUACGAGGACUGCGGUUAUGGGGAUUAUCAGCUUUAUCCCUUACUUCAAUUGGCUGAGCUGGGUUUUUGCUUGGCUUGAUACGGGGAAGCGUCGAUAUGCCGUGUAUUCAAUUGUGUACUUGGCUCCUUACCUCAGGUCAAGUUUAUCACUUUCCCCAGAAGAUAGCUGGCUUCCCAUUGCUAGCAUAAUAUUUUGCAUUGUUCAUGUCCAGCUGGAAGCAAGUCUAAAAAACGGUGAUAUUCAAGGAUUUCAGAUAUUUAACCAGGCUGCUAAGCGUCUUUCAUCAAGGAGUAGAGUGGAAGAUUCACAUUUCGAUGGACAUCAAGAACCCGAGAUGAGAAAAAGAGAACAUAGGAAUCUUCCUGAUGCUGAAGAACAAGCAAGAAAUGAGAUCAAGAAGUGGGGAAUCCCUAGGAAUACUGGUGAACAACAUGAACGGUUGAAUGGAAAUUGGGAGAUGAUGAUGAUGAUGGAAGUGAAUAUUAGAAAAAUGAUCCAUAAAUGAGCUUCCUUGACUGUAAUAUCCUCGGGUGUUUUUGCUGUUGAUGGAAUCUUUGUUGUAAACUCAUGUCAAA